AUGGCCAACGCCGCCGCCGCGGCCGUCCGCGCGGCCGCGACCGACGUGGCUCGCAGCGUCCAUGAGACUGAUUGGACGACAGAGCUCGCCGGUUUCUCUGAGGAGGUGUCGCAGGACGCGGAGCGCGUGGGCACAGAGGUUGGCGGCGCAGUGACCGAGCUCGGCCAUCGGGCCAAGGAAGCCGCAGAGGCGGCCACAGAAGCUGUCAAGCAGCUGCCCGGCCAGCUCGAUCGCCUGGAGGCAGCGGCGCUCGCGGGCGAUGCGGGUGAGAAGGCAGGGCCCACCGGCGGCGGCGGCGCGGCGGCGCCUGCGGAGACUGGCGGCGGGGAGGGCGACAGCAGUGGCGGGGAGGGCGGCGGCGGCGGCGGCACCGUAGGCCUGGGGCUGCCUCUGCCGAUCGAUUUGGGCGGCGUCGGCGCCUCGAUAUCCCAGCUCGGGCUGAGCCUGUUCUCUGGCGUCACUCGGGUGGUAGACCAGAUGACUGAUAUCGUCGAGGGGGAGCUGACGGCGGUGGUGGAAGAUGCCCAAAGAGGGACGAUCGACGGCAUCAGCAUCGAUGGCCCAAAGCAGAAAGGCCGCAGCGACGGCACGGGCAACGCCGCCAGGAGCGCGGGCAGCAGGAGCGCCGGCAGCCUGCGGCGCGGCGCGGCGGCGGGGUCGAAAUCGAAAUUUGAUUCUGAGGUCGCCGCGAUGCAGCGGGACAGCAGCACGUACUGCGACGAGCCGCCCGACGCCGCCGACUACGCCGCGUGGCGCGGCGCGUCGUUCGACCUCGCGGCGCACGAGCCGCGUAUCGCCGCCCUGCUGGCGGCCAACGCCCUGGUUAGGGAGCUGGAAGAGCGGCUGGUGCCCCUGCUGGUUGAGAGGGACGAGUUCUGGUCGCGCUACUUUUACAGGCUACAAAAGCUGGAGCAACGGGAGGCGGAGAGGCGCCAGCAGGCAGCGGAGGGAGACGAGCAGGCGCUUCCUGUCGCUGCUGCAGGAGACACCCCCCCAGCCGCAGCUGGCGCGGGGACCUCUGCCAGGGCGGCGGCCGCCUCUGCAAGUGCGGCUGCAGAGUUUGAACUGAUCGCCGCUGCUGUGGUUGGCGCAGGUGCCGCAGCGGCUCCUGAGGACGAGCGUCAGGCGCAGGGCGGCUCACAGGAGCAGCAGCAGCAGCAACAGCAGGAGCAGCAGCAACAGCAGCAACAGCAGCAAGAGCAGCAACAGCAGCAACAGCAGCAACAGCAGCAACAGCAGCAACAGCAGGAGCAGCAGGUGGAAGGGCGAGACGAUGGCCAGGAGCUGGACGGCGCGGCGGACGGCAACGGCGAUGCCGCCAGCAGCGCCGCGGUUGCAGAGGGACGUGCGCCAGCGCAGCACGCGCCCGCGCCCUCGCCCGCCGCGGAGGCGCCCGCAGGGACAGCAGGGGCGCGGGCAGAGGAGGAGCCGGCGGUUGCUGGGGCGUCAGGGGGCGCGGAUGCAG